AUGGUGGCAGUUAAAAUCGACACGCCAUCCAGUUUAUCACUAUCAUCGACCAUCCACCCAAACAGUAGCAAUUAUUCUUUGAAUGGCGAAACAAACGACGCCUCAUCUGCAUCCUCCUUAUGGACGAAUGUCAUCGUCUCCAUUAUUCUUACUUUUAUGAUAGUCGGCACGGUCAUCGGUAACGCCCUCGUGUGUAUCGCCGUCUUCAUGGUGAGGAAACUGCAGACUCCAUCAAACUUCCUCAUCGUUUCACUGGCCGUGUCGGAUCUUUUCGUCGCUCUCUUUGUCAUGCCUCUCGCCCUCCUGUACGAAAUCACUCAAAGGUGGCAACUAGGAAAUGAGCUUUGCGAUGCGUGGACGUCGCUUGAUGUCCUCCUCUGUACGGCUUCUAUACUCAAUCUAUGUAUGAUAAGCGUCGACCGCUAUCUUGUGAUCACCCGACCAUUACAAUAUGCUAUGAAACGGACACCUCGUCGCAUUGCUUUGUUGAUCACAGUAGUCUGGCUGUUGUCGGCUCUCAUUUCCAUCCCCCCCUUGUUUGGUUGGAAGAAAGUCCGAAAAUCCUUGGAAUGCGGCUACAGCCAAGAACUUGGAUAUCAAAUCUACGCCACUGUCUUGGCGUUUUAUCUCCCCUGUACCAUUAUGAUUACUGUCUAUUAUAGAAUCUGGAAAGUUUCUGAUAGGAUUAGCAAGGCCGAGGCUAAAUCCAAAGUCGGAAGCUUGGAAACUCCGGCUCCCUAUAAUAACCGUCCCAAAACAUCCAGUGAUAGCGGAGACAUGCACCUCUAUCCAAACGGAUCGCUGCGAACCAGCAAUGCGGACGGCGACGACGGCGCGUUAGAAAUACUUCCCAAGAACCGUCGCGAAAAGCGCAGAUUUACAAUAAAAUCAUUUUUGUUAAAAAGAAAUAAAAUUUACAGUUCAAAGGAAAAGAAAGCUACCAAGACUCUCGGGGUAAUCAUGGGCGGUUUCAUUGCUUGCUGGUUGCCAUUCUUCAUUUUAGCUGUGGUUCGCCCCGUGUGUCUUACGCUGGAAUUAAAGUGCCACGUACCUCAAUUGGUAAACAGUAUAUUCUUAUGGCUAGGCUACUUCAAUUCCUUCAUGAAUCCAUUAAUUUACGCUCGCUUUAACCGUGAAUUCAGGACUCCAUUUCGAGAGAUCUUGUGCUGCCGAUGUCGCGGCAUCAAUAUACGUUUACGCACGGAAAGUUACGCUGAGCAGUUCGGGCCGGAUCCUACACUCCAAGCAACCCAGCGUUGUAGUCUUCGGAUACCCAACGAAUCAACAGUCAGAUACAACAGCCAGGGACAGACUCUAGUACAUGUUGGAAACGGGUCGACAGCUUCCGAUGGCGAAUCAAAAUUAUAG